GGGUGAGGCCGAAGUCGUCGGGCCGGGAAACGAAACUGGCUGCGGAGGCGAGAAAGGAAAGUGGAAGCAGGAGGCACCUAUAAAGAGCCGGGCGCGGCGGCGCGGGAAGCAGGGCGGCCGCGGGGCCCAGCCGACGGGCGCGGAUUUCAAAUACAGUCUGGGAUGGCUUCUGCAGAAACUACUUUUGAGGAAGAUGUUAGUGAUGAGAGUGGGAGUGAAAGGGACAGCAAUGAGGAAGAUGAGACUAAAUUCAUGGAUAGUUGUAUGGAAGACAGGUUUUUAUCAUCUGAAGUAGAGGAAAGUGAAGAAGAAGAAGAAGAAGAAAACAGAAGUUCUGGUGUGCUGAGAACUGAAGAAGAAUUGUGGCAGGUUUUGGAAAGUGAAAGAAAAGAUUCCAGAAAACUCUUGGGCAAAUGUGGUUCCCAAAAUCCUGAACUAAGAAAAUGUCUUGGAUUUCUGAAGAAAUUGUCCUUAUAUAUUUGGAAAUCUAUAUCACAAGCUACGCAUGUCAGCUUACUAAAUGACUUUGUUGAGUCUGAAUUGUUUGUGAUUGAUGGGGAUUCUUUACUUCUCAUGUGGUUAUACAAAGAGAAAGAAUAUCUACCCUUCUUUUAUCUAGUUGAAUGCUUUCUGCUUGAUUUCACUCAAAAAGGAGCAAAAUAUAUAAUCGUCUUCUUCAAGGAUGCAGAACAACUGUAUCAUAAUUAUCCUCAUAUCCUUUUCCUACGUACUACACUAAUACAACACCUGAAGCAGAACACUGACAUCGACAUUCAUACAGGGUUCUUCAAUUGUUUGUCACCAGAAUGGCAGAUUUUUCUCAAGGAAAUUUAUCCGUACUUCAUGAUAAUAUCUGACACAGGACUGACCUCUCUCCAAACAGACUAUUUACAAAUACUUAUCAGUCACACCUUGUCAAAGAAAAUAAAUGUUGUGCUCACUUCAGGACAGGAGUCUGAUACUCUUAGGGUUCAUGGAUAUCAUGUCCGGAGCAUGUAUAUGCACAGGAAAUUUUUUCAGCAGCAUCAGAAAGAUUUUCAACGUGCUUUGGAGACCUUGGUUAAGUACUUGCAAAACUCCCAGGAUACAACAUUGUGGUUUUAUAAACAUUUAAAUCUGAGCUUGAAAAGUCUGCAAGAAGAGGUAUGCCAGACUGUCCUGCUGCUGAAGCGUAUGUGGCCAGAAGGAUCUAACAUUAGACAAGUUCUCUGUGUUCUUACAUGUGCAGUGGGACUAAAAAUGUACAGCCACAUGUUAGAAAAUGCAAACGCUUCUGCAAAAGAAAAGGAAGGAAAAACAGAACACUUCCCUCUGGAGGAGAAGACUGGAGCAUUAGCACUGGAAGAUGCAGCUGACCUGUGCAGGAUGCACUGCCUUAGUGUGGCCUUUCUUUUUCAUUUGCCUCUUUCACAACGAGCUCGUAUUAGGAUCACCCAUUCCCACUGGACUCAACAGGCUUUACCAUUUAUAAUUAUGCAACAGCAAUGUGCAUAUUUUAUUCUGAAGCAACUAACUGAGGAAAGUGGCUGGAGAUUAAAUUUAACUUAUCUGCCUGAUUUAAGGGAUAAGUCACUAUUGAAGAAUCUUGCAUAUUACUAUGAAACAGAAUAUUGUACAGGCUUAGAUUUGGAAUUGGGUAAGGACCUGAAGACUGAAUACCAUUAUCUCUGGGACACUGUGACCACACUAGCUGCCAAGUGUAAUUUUGGAGUUGCUUUCCCAGUGCGACACACUUCACAUCCAUUCCUUGAAGAGAAACAAAAAGUGAAAGAUACUAGUAACUCUAAAAACACAAGCACUAAAAGCAAACUUGCAAUAAUUGACUCUAAGGAAGAAAUUCCCAACAUAGGGCUUAUCCCAUUGAAAUCUGAUGUUGUCAAAGAUUAUGCUGGAGCUGUCUUGAAAGACUUGCCUUUUUUAAACAGUGAUGAUCCUGCAGUUACUUCACUUAUUAAAGAAAAAGAAUUUGAUGAACUUCGGCAUUGGCAUUCAGGCAAACUCCUCAGUGAUGAACAUGACAGAGCACCAUGCAGCCAUGAUGCAAAAUCCAGAGAGCCGGAGGAAAGGUAUACAGAAAUUACAGAAAUUUACAGACUUUAUGGAAGAUCGCUGGAAGGGGACAUUUCCACGACAGUUGUCACCCAGGCAGAUGUGCCACUGGUGCCAACAAGCACUAAUGCAGUUGAUGUACACAGAAAAAAAUCACAUAAAAGUAAAGCAGAAAUAAUUAGAGAAGAAAACCAGAAGCAGCGAAAAGCUAAGCAGGAAAAGAAAGAACAGGAACAAUGGGAGGCCCUGUCUAUGUCAAUUGAAAAAGAAAUUAAAGAAGAUGUUGCCUUUGGAAUAAAUAGACUGGAGAAUUUCCUCAAGAAAUGUCAGUCUCAAUCUGUGAAAUUUUCAGCAGAAAUGGCAGGACUGCAUGUGUGUUUUGACGUUUGGAAAGAACACUGCAGAAAGCAAGAGGGUAAAAAUUCCAAAGAUCUAAGUAUAGCUGUUCAAGUGAUGAGAAGAAUUCAUGAAUUGCUUGAAAAAUAUGAGGAACUAUUACAGAAAUCACAUCAACAAAUGUUGGCCAAGUGUCUGAACUACCUUGGAUUUGAAAAUUUGGCGUGCUCUUUAUCCAGCCAGAUCACAGAAAGAAAUAAUGAGAAAAUAGUCAAAUAUGCUACUGAAAUAGGAGCAGCUCGUUUUCAGCUACAAUAUAUGGGUUCUUACUUGUUCAGAGAUGAGAGGAGUGAUCCAGAUCCCAGAGUACGCCAUUUUAUACCAGACACGUGGCAGUGAGAGCUUCUUGAUAUUGUGGACAAUAAUGAUGCAGUGAUAGUUGCUCCUACUUCAUCUGGGAAAACCUAUGCAUCAUAUUAUUGCAUGGAGAAAGUUCUGAAACAAAGCAAUGAAGGAGUAGUUGUAUGUGUUUCUCCCACAAAGGCCCUUAUAAACCAAGUAGUGGCAACUAUAUACAAUCGAUUCACCAAGACACUGCCUGAUGGAUUAACACUAUGUGGAGUUUUCACAAGGGAUUAUCACCAUGAUGUCAUGAGCUGUCAGGUACUAGUGACAGCGCCUCAAUGUUUGGAAAUCUUGUUGCCGUCUCCGCAUUGCCAGAAAUGGGUGAAAAGGAUACGAUAUAUUAUAUUUGAUGAGGUACAUUGUCUAGGUGGAGAAAUUGGAGCUGAAGUUUGGAGGCACCUUCUGGUUAUGAUUCAGUGUCCAGUUUUGGCUCUGUCCGCAACUAUCAGUAAUCCAGACUAUUUUACUGAGUGGCUGCAAUCAGUAAAAAGAUACUGGCAGCAAGCUGAGGUUACAGUGAAAGAAGAAAUGUCCACAGCUCCCAAGAAACAUGCAAGGACGCCAAAGCUACAACCCCCCUCAAAAUCACAUACAGUUAGACUAGUGCUGCAUGGAGAAAGAUACAAUGAUCUAGAAAAGUAUGUGUGUUCUUUUAAGGAUGAUGAUUUUGUCUUAGAGCACUAUCACCCAUGUGCUGCCCUAACAGUGAAUCAUAUUGAGAAAUAUGGUAUUCCUUCAGAUCUUGCCCUAUCUCCCAGGGAGAGCCUUCAGCUGUAUGACACAAUGGUAAAAGUCUGGCAGGACUGGCCAGGAGCACAGGACUUGGAUCCUGAGGAGUUUCUCUCUUUCAAGAAUAAAAUAGUAAUAAAAAAGGCAGAUGCAUGGAAAUAUGAAGAUGAACUGAAGAAAGAACUAACCAUUUGGACUGCACUUGGCCAAAAAGAUAAGGUAAUGAAAAAUAUGUAUCCCUUUGUAGGGUGUAAAUACAAUAUUAGUGCAGUAAAAUUGCUAUGCCAUUCAUUUUAAAAUGUCAGUAGUUUUCAUUUCUUUUAUUAUGAUUUGAAAACAUUUUCUAGUAUCCUUGUGUGAUUAUCCAAAGCACCUAAGGGAGUUAGAGAGCAGUGUCUAUUGUUGAUGUCAGUAAAAAAUGAUACCUUGGUAUUUAUGGCUGCUCACAGACAUGAAAACAAAAAAAAACAACCCACGAUUUACUUUCAAUUUAGUGCACUCCCACACUGAGCCCAGCAUGUAUCCAGAAGAGGGAGCAUGUUAUUGCAGCAUCUGUAUAGAUCAGGCACUUUAGUGGGACCUUUUUGCCACUUUUUAUCUAAUGACUGAUUGAAUCAGCUUUAGAUAAGAGUCAAAAAGCCUCACUGAUGCACCUGAUCUAUGCAGAUACUGCAGAGCUGGGUCAAAGUAACAUGCUGCUGCUUCCAGGAAACUGCAUUUUUUUCCCCUCCCAUGUCUGCAAGCAGCCUAUAUGGUUUGUUAUACUAGAAUGCCAGCUAUGGCACAGUUAUUGUUGAGAAUCCCCUUCUGUGUAUAAACCCGUUCUUAAGUGUUCUAUAUACCACCUGCUUAGUUAGAUUUCUCUGAAAUUCUUGUCCAAUGAAGGCAAAGGUAGGUUUCAAAUUUGGCUUCAUUUGAAAAAGAGGAUCCUAGCAUAGAGCCUCCCACAAAAAACAGCCUUUUUAAGCUUGACAGAUUCUACCAGUUUGCAUUUGCCUACACCUGGGUAUCAGAACUUGGCUCUGAGUGCCUAAACUAGUCCCAGAUAUUUGCCUCUUCUGGAUGGCAUUUACCACCCUUCUAUGGGAGCAUAAUUGAAAACAGGCAUGGGCAUAACUUGUGAACCAAAUGGGUAGCAUUUUAUAUGCAUGUACAGAGCGGCUAAAAGGCUUUGCAAGCUUCCAUUUUCCUGAGUGGAUACUACAGUGCAUAAGCACCAACUUCUAUUUUGCUGGAGGGGCCCUAAGAUGAUGUACAUAUACUCCCCACCCCCAGUCUGUGGGGAAGGGGGGUGUGGAUACAGGUGAUGGGUGGCGGGGCAGGAGGAGGUAUAGGCGAUGCAGCAGGGAAGUGGAGGGGCACGUGCCGCCUGAGAUUUCUGCACCCACAGUGUGGGGUGGGGCUGCAGUGGGGCCAGCCCAGCCCUGGGCAUGAGCCACCUCCGUGGACAAGGAGGCAGGACCCUGUGCAGGUGGGAGCACAGCACUGCCAUGGCUGCCAAGGUGAGGUGCCCUGCCCACCUGGCAACAGUGGAGGGGGACACAACUCUCCACUGCCGCUGCUGCUAUCGCUGCUGCACCUCACCUUGGUGGCCGUGGCGGCACGCCGCUCCUUCAUGCACCCGGUCCCACCCAUUGGACCACAGAGGCAGCUCCUGCCUGGAGCUGGUCCAGCCCUGCUGCAGCCCUAUGCCCCGUGCCCCAAGGUGGGCACAGAAAUCUCAGGGGUGCACAUGACCUCCUUGCUGUGUUGUCUUGGGCCCCUGCCCUCGGCCACAGCAUGUGUUUUCCCUCCCCAUAGACUUACCUAGAGGGAGCUGUGGGAGGUGUCUUCCACCACCUGGCACCCCCUGCCUCUGAUUGCCUUCCUCGCUCCCCCCAGGCCUGAAUGCUGCCAGCCUGCAAGGUGAAACCCACCAUUAAUGGAGAAAAUCCAUGUUUAUUCUUAGUGAAUGAAACGCCCAGAUCCCCGGCCUCAGUUAUUGUUCCUAAGAAAUAUUACAUAAUUUUCCUCAGGUUUGGGCUCCUACAGCCCUUUUCCCAAUGGGGGCCAGGGCCCUUGGGCCCCCAUGUACUCAGCGCCUAUGACAAAAUGUAACAUAUAAUAGCUGUUGGACCUAGCUAAACUGAGCCAGCAUCAGCUGAAACACAUCCUUAAACCCAUGGACCACACUCAGGGAGAGCAAGGCAUCCUAGGCAAGUGUUCUAUCUAUAGUUUCAUAGUUUCAUAGUUUCUAGGGUCGGAAGGGACCUGAGCAGAUCAUCAAGUC